AGUCCAGAGUCCAGAGUCCAGGGUCCAGUCCAGAUGUUAGACUAUGCCCCCAGUCCUGUUACCAUUACAUAUCAAACGACAAGAGGCUGAAAGAGUAAGAUAACUAGCGUUUUCCGCAUUGGCUGCCAAUAACGCUUCCAUUGCUGUGACAUGGGGAAAACAGGAAGAAGCAACCGGAUGCUGACAUGCUGUUCUACGCUACGAAUCGCAUUUUCAGUAAAAAAAGGAAAGAAACAAGAAAGGACGGAAAUAUACUGAUAAAGAAAUAUAGAUAAAACUGAUAGAUAGGGAUACCGUACCAUUAAAUUAGAAACUUCAACAUCACCCGGGCAACCUCCUCUCCCCCUCCCCGCAAAAUUCCCAUUCCUCGGGCAAAAAUGAAAUGUUCGAGCUCGUAGGUCCUCCCACCCAACUCCUGCUUUGAAAUUCUCCCAUGUCCCAAGUAUUGUUUUUAUAAGUUUAUAUCAAAAUACAAAGGCGAUUAAAUUUUGGAUAAACACGAAUUUUCAGGGACAUCACAAGGGUUUUGAAGGCCUUCCGUUUAGAAGAAAGAUUGCAUGACGAAGCCGGGUGAAGAUCGCGUGACGACGUCAAGUUCUUCCCAGCCCUCUCUCGGUUUGUGGGCUGAGGUGCUGCACUCACCGACGGGACAAUGAAUCCUGCGAGUUUUCUAUCCUUAUUGCCAUCGUGGAUCCUCCUGGUCAUUAUUUCCCUGAUCACUAUCUAUUUUGUCGCGUGUUUGUUGCCAAGGUCAAAAAUUGACUUGAAGGGAAAAUAUGUUCUUAUCACGGGCUGCGACUCGGGCUUCGGAAGGAAAACAGCCAUCACACUGGACAAGAUGGGAGCUUUUGUGUUGGCGACUUGCUUAACGAAAGAAGGAGAGCAGGGUUUGAAAUCAGUGACGAGCGACAAACUGAAAACUUUCCAGAUGGAUGUGACCAACUCUCAACAGAUCAAAGAUGUAUACAGCGAGGUGAAGAAGGAAAUUUCUUCUGCUGGAUUGUGGGGCCUGGUAAACAAUGCUGGAAUUCUUUACUUCAGCCCCAUCGAAUGGACGCCACUAGACAUCUUCAGACGCAGUGCCAACGUCAAUCUAUGGGGAAUGAUUGAUGUCACUAAAACCUUUCUCCCAUUAAUCAAGAAGACCCGUGGGCGAGUAGUUAACUUAUCAAGCAUUGCAGGGCGAGUUUCAUUCAACUUUUAUGGAUCAUAUAGUGUGACCAAGUAUGGUGUAGAGGCAUUUUCUGAUGCCUUAAGGCGUGAGAUGCAGCCUUGGGGAAUCAAAGUCAGUAUGCUUGAACCAGGAUCAUUUUUAACCAACAUCUGUGCCCCUAAUGUGUUUGAGCAGCAACUAAGACAGGCAUGGAACAUGCUGAGUGAUGAGCUAAAGAAUGAAUAUGGAGAGGAGUACUUAAAUGCAGGUGUUGAAGUGCUGAGAAAUAAAAUAUACCGUAAUUUGGAUAUCAACGAAGUUGUCAACACAAUAGUGGAUGCCCUUAUAUCAAGUUCUCCGUGUGACCGCUACUUAGUUGGCAAAGAUGCCAAGUAUGCUCUUAUAUGGCUAGCAAGUUUACCAGCUUUUGUUUCAGACUUUCUCAUUAAUACAGCUUUUAACGCACCUCAACCACAGGGAGCUUGUCUUAUGUGACUGUACUAAAAACAAACAUUCAAGAUUCAGCAACACAUCUCAGAACAAAAAAUAACUGUAC